AUGGGGGAAGCCCCGAGCGCCCACGAAUCCCCUCGAAUCCAACUAGGCUUAGAACUCCAAAGCCACCUUGCAGCAGCUGUGGCAUCGCGCACAGCACAGAUAAAAACUACAGGAGAUGAAGCCUCGGAGCUUGUCUCUGUGGUUAGCCAGAAGGUUGCUAAUUUGGAAGAGAGGGGCCUACAAGGAGCUGCCUCCUUGGGCAAGGGUAUCAGGACCUUGGUCUUCAAUUUCAACAAGAAUCUAGCGUCUGGACACCUGGCUAGAGAGGAAGAAAACCACCAACCCCCACCCACUGAACACAAUAGCUAUGCCGAAGCUGCAAAAACCUCCCCCAAUGCCCCCCAAUGCCCCCCAAAGCGCACCCCAAGCCACUCAAGGCGCUGCGCAAGCCAUCACAACCUGAGAAGCACCCCCCCCCCCCUCCUCCGCAUUUUCCUCCAACUCCCUAAAGACCAUCCAGCCCGCCGAGCUAGCCCACAUGCCACCAUGGAGGUACUGAGGAAGCACCUGGACAAGACUUGCUCUACUGCUGUGAGAGAGAUUAAACAGGUGCUCUCCGGCCUGGCAAUCUGGCCUAAGGAUGGCCUAGGCUUCCAUCUCCUCUUAGAACGGGGAAAUGCCCUGGAGUCUCUUAUACAGGGAGCAAAGGCCGAAGUCGAGCAGAAAUGGGCCAUCUUGCCCUUUAAAUGCGCCGCAAGAUUAUACUAA